CCGUUGGCUCUGUUACUUUGCUAACGGAGAAACUCGAGAGAAAAUAGGCAAAGGCCGUGGUUUGGAUUUUGGCCUUGAAAGACCAAUGCAGUCAAGACGGUUUAUCUCCAGAGUGAAUUCUGAAAAGAUUUUUGAUAGAGUGAGUGGUGAGGGAGAAGAAGAAAGCGAAAACACACACCGAGGCAUUGUUCCCUGGGGGAAAGCCAAAAAAAGCGCAUCAAAAGAAGGAGGAUUUGACGAAAGAUUUGACACCAAUCUAACCCUUGGCACCCAAACAUUAGGCGACAAUGAGAUUAACCAAUUGACCAAAUUCCUCAUUGUGUUCUAUUCGUUAACUAAUAGUGAGUGAGUGAAUCUGGCCCUAUGAAUUACGGGGAAAAGUUUCGAAGGAAAGUGUGUUCCAAUGUUCCAAAAGUCGAGUAUCAGGCUUAACACAAAUCAAUGAAGAUGUGUCCAAGUGCCUGGAUAUUCGUUCUCCUCUUGCUGGAAGCGAUGUUCCCAAUCGCCAUUGGGAACAUGGAGAACCUGGUAUUGACCACAUUGGAUCAAAGCCCGGACCUCAUUCCCGAGAUCAGUGAGGACGAACUCCAAUUGCUUCAGAGCAAGAAUCAUCGAUCCAAAGAAAAAGCGGGCAAGUCCAUGGGACAUGGUAACACACCGCUUAAUCGCAUUCACCACUCCCAUGGGACGGCUCAAAAACCCAUAUUGACGUACUGUACCAUGAACAAUCUGUUCUGUCUUGCAUCAAAUUACUCAAAAUAUGUUCCCCCUAUCGAUACGACGAAAAAAGAAGGCAUCAAACCUUUGGACGUGUCCAUUGGAUUUGACAACUUUGAGAUUCUGAAGAUCGACGACCGGGAUUUUACGGUGGAAAUUAACGCCUAUCUGAUCGUCAAAUGGAGAGACACUCGAGUGAUCAUAGAUUUUGCGCAGCUUUAUCCUGAUGGAGUGGUUCCAAAUGAGGAUUUGUUGGGAGCACCAGAUUGGAUCCCUGUCGAGUUGGAAAUGGUCUCGAAACUCUGGUUGCCAGACAGCGAGAUCCUUCGCCUCAAAGGCUUCCACAGCCUUUCCGUUCUGGAGCGAUUGCAAGGCUUGUGGAUGAGUGUCCGACAUGAGGUGCUAUACGUGGUGGCCACGCGCAUUCGUUUCAUGUGUCCGAUGAACUAUGCCAAGUUCCCCAUUGACAUUCAGACAUGCAAGUUUCAGAUUGGUUCCUUCAACUACGACAAUACCAAGAUGAGAUACCACACGUACUAUCUUCCAAAGUUGCCCAAUGCGACAGAAUCCAUCCUUGACUUUGAGGUCCACAUUAAGCCUUUGUUGCCUACAGAGCGUUAUUACCUGCCCCAAGAAACAGGGAACUAUUCCGUCGCAGGGUUCCGCAUGGUCAUGGAAAGAAAGAUUUCUCACUACGUCAUCACUUAUUACCUUCCCAGUGGGCUUUUUGUGGUGGUCAGUUGGGCUUCAUUCCUCAUCCCGGCUGAUGAUAUACAGGGUCGCAUGGCACUUUUGGUGACGUUGUUCCUGGUAUUGGUGAAUAUCUUCAACGCAAUCACUACCAACUCUCCGAAGGCUGACGGCCUAAAUGCUCUUCAGGCCUGGAUCAUUACUUGCAUCUUCUUUGUGUUUGGAGCCCUUCUGGAGUACUCUGUCAUCCUUCUCCAGUUAAAGCUCCAUUCCAUUCAAAAGUGCGCCAACGAUAUCAACGGAGCCUCUGCGAGUAAUGGCACCCUGUCGGUGAAAGUGUUGCGGAAGAAUCAAAUGGUGGCCAGAUUCGAUCUGGUUUGUCUCGUGUUCUUCCCAUUGCUCUUUCUACUCUUCACCAGUGUCUAUUGUCUGGUCAUGAUCAUCUAAUGGAACCAGUUCCAACUAGCUUGCUUGCACCCGCCUCAUUGGGACAAGUGACAAGUGAAGUUGUGACGUUCAAUGGAGUGACAUUGGAACUGGAUCAGAAGAUGUCGUCUCGUGGUUCCUUGCUUUGUGUUGGACAACCAAAGGAUAAGAUUCCUGGAGCGAUAAAUAAGUACAGUAGUUUCACUUGAUUCAAUCUACGAUUAUGCUUGUACAACAUGCCUUAACAACUUACUAAAUUAAGUCAGAAGUAAAACGAACAUCUGGAAGACAAUGGGGUUAAUAAUCAAACCGCCUUUUGUCUCGUCUUGAUCUCACCUUGAUAUGUUUGCAGUGUGCUCAGACAUUAAGAUUCCGCACGAAAGAAACGCAAGAAGAAUGAACACCAUGAGUAUAUGCUGCCACUUCAAUAAAUCGACUAAUAAAUUCUAUAUCUUUGCACAUAGUUUCCUGUCUACAUGAAUCUUGUUUUGCAGCUGACAACGCUCUGAAAAGUGAUUUUUUUUAAACGGCUAAUAAUCGAAAACAAACUAGAUGAACGAAGUUAUGG